GGGAACAAAAUAAACACACUCAAAAAUUAUAGGAAAAUGAUAGGGUGGGGGGAUGUGUAUAAGGUGGUGGAGGCCAUGGCGCCGCUAUAUAUGGCGCUGUUCUUGGGCUACGCCUCCAUACGGUGGUGGAACAUGUUCAAACCGGAAAACUGCGCCGCCAUAAACCGUUUCAACUGCUACUUCAUCAUCCCAUUCUUCAACUUCCGCUUCAUUUCCCAGGUCAACCCCUACACGAUGAACUACCGUUUCCUGGCGUCCGACGCCGUGGCCAAAUCCGCCGUGGCCGCCGUCCUCGUCGCCUGGGCUAACUGCGCCAGGAAAGGGGGGUUUGACUGGUCGUUGACCACCUUCUCUCUGUCGACGCUGAACAACACCCUCGUCGUUGGCGUGCCGCUGCUGCAGGCCAUGUACGGCGACUUGGGGUUCGACAUUGUGGUCCAGUCCGCCGUGAUUCAGGCGGCGCUGUGGCUCACUUUCUUGCUGUUCGGGUUGGAGUUCCGGCGUACGAGGUUGACGGAAACCUCGUCCCCCGACAUUGGGAACGGCGUGGACGAGAAUGUCGAGAAUUCCGCGGGAAUGGGAGGAGAUGUAGAAUUGGCGGCGGGUGGGAAUGCUGAUGACGCCGUCAUAACAACAAGAGUUGUUAUGAAUGUGAGGAAUAAGACAUCGUUUGGGACAUUGAUAAAGGUUGUCUCCUUGAAACUUGCCAAGAAUCCCAACUCUUAUGCUUGGUUGUUUGGCAUGGUUUGGGCUCUAGUGUCCUAUAGGUGGCAUUUUAAGAUGCCUGGCAUAGUGGAUCAGUCUAUUUUGAUCUUGGCAAAGGCUGGGAGUGGAGUUGCCAUGUUCAAUAUGGGAUUAUUCAUGGCAUUGCAAGAGAAGAUUAUAUCUUGUGGUACCGGUUUGACGAUAUAUGGUUUGGUGUUGAGGUUUGUAAUCGGUCCUGCAACAUCUGCACUUGGUGCUAUGCUCUUACGCCUUCAUGGUGAUGUCUUCAAGAUUGCCAUAGUCCAGGCAGCACUCCCUCAAUCAACCACGGCGUUCGUCUAUGGGAACGAAUAUGGAUUACACGCUGAUGUUAUUAGCACCGCAGUUAUCAUAGGCACAAUUGUUUCUCUUCCUGUAUUGAUUGGAUACUAUGCUGCUUUAGACCUCCUGCAUUGAGUUCAUGGGCUUUGUAACUUGCAUUGUAAUCUUGACUUGUAGUUUUCUUCAAUCAAUUUCAUCAGCCCAUUUCAUUAUAUGGCCUAUUUUCAAUA